CAAUUAUCUAGGUACAUGAGUAGUGGCAGAUGGAAGGUAUGGACGCCUAUUCGCCCUCAUCGGAUAACGACGAAAACAUUGUGUCCGAGGAAACAUAAUUCCACGUGUCACACACCAUGCACACUCGCUCUCGGCUACUGGACACAGUGCACUAUGACGACACUUAUCAGCACCUUCUAGUGGCUAGCUCUAAAACACAAUCCUAGUUGAGGUCUAACAAGGGUGGAGCUGGAGCUGUAGAGAGUCCCGAACAAACCAAGAAAUCAGGAAACCUCUCCGGAGACGAGGACUCCGAUGUGAACUACGACGAGGUCGUGUCACCAGAGGAACAGAUCGAGUCUCAUCCGGCCAGCUCUGAUGAAGAACAGUUUCAUGACGUCACAGAGUUCAAUGAUGACGUAACAGGGCAUGUUAAGCGGGACUCCAGUAACGACACGUCCAUAGCUAAUGGUGACGACAAUUCUAACGGAGCAGAGGCAGACGACGAGGAAACAUCUCGUGAUGUUCCAGAUCACGUGUACAUGGAUGAGAAUUCUAACCCUGACGAGAAGAAUCCAGAAGAUGCGAUGAGUCCCGGAGAGGAUGAUGAGGAAGAAGAGUUUAAUAAUCCUGUCAGUCCUGCGGUAUCUGGCGAGGGAGAUGUGACAAGUGACAGAAAUGAACACCAACAAUCUAGAGAAGAAUAUAUGGAGUCUGCAAAGCACGAUGCUAUCAGUGAAGAUGAAGAUAUGGAACCCGAAGAAGAAACUUGUAAGAUUGAGAGUGAGGAGGCUGAGGGUGGUGUGUUUGCUCAGCAUCAUGAGCCUAUAUCUGAUUAUGAGAAAGAGGAAGCGAAACUAACCGGAAAAAACGAGCAGCUUCUAGAGAAGAAGGAGACGAUUUCUGAAGAUGAGCGGGAACAUGAUGAUGAGACACUUGACACUCAAGCUGAAGAAACAGAACUGGAGAGUAGGAAUGAGGAAGAGAAACCAGAAGAAGAUGAGGACGAUCUGGAUAUUUCCAGACAAGAAUACCUACCUGACGAGACUAUCAGGUCUCCGGAAGGAGAGGUGAACGAGACGAUGACAUCUUACUCACCUCGUCCUGACUACAACCCUGAGAACUUUGAACCCUGCACCCCACCAGAAAGGGAACCAGAGGAGAGAACAGAGGAAACUCCUCCUCCUGAAGAUACAGUUUCUUCAGUACGGCCUACCACACCAUCCUACUCAACAGAUCGACCCAUGACCCCAACAGAGCUUCCAAGGAGCCCAAGUGAAGGCCCCAAAACCCCAACCGGAGGCUCCAGGAGCCCAACUGAAGGCCCCAAGACCCCAACUCAUGGUCCUAGGACCCCGACAGAACGCCACAGAUUCCCCAUCUGAAGGUCCCCGAACCCCCACAGGACCAGCUCCUGCAGACCAACCCUUCUCUCCUCGAACUCCCAGCCCUGUUUCGUCUCCUACCAAACAAUCUGCUGAAAUAACCAGUGUCACAUCUGCUGAUCUGUCCUUUGAGUCUGUCACUUCUGAGGAGUGUGUACCUCCCUUUGAUAUGAUGACAGAAAACGAAUACGUCUCAGCUUCUAAGCAGAGAUCACGCAAAGACAAGAAGAUGGUCUGUUUGUGCGAGUUCAGUGCUGAAGAUCCCUCUACACAUUGUUCUGACAAUUGUCUUAAUAGAGUCCUCAUGAUAGAAUGUAAUUCCAGUCUAUGUGUCUGUGGUGAUCUGUGCAAAAAUAAAAAGUUUCAAAAAGCGGAAUACGCCAAAUGUGAACCCUUUUACACUGGGGCCAAAGGUUGGGGGCUGAAAGCUUCUCAAGAUAUCAUACCUGGGGACUUCAUUAUGGAGUACUGUGGCGAGGUAGUGAACCAGGCUGAUUUUACUAAGAGGAUGGACGCGUACGGCAAAAAGAGGAACAGGCAUUACUAUUUCAUGACUAUUAGUAAAGAUGAGAUUAUUGAUGCUCAGAUUAAGGGUAAUCUAUCUAGAUUUAUCAACCACAGCUGUGAACCCAACUCUGAAACACAAAAGUGGCGAGUAAACGGAGUGCUGAGAAUAGGAUUCUUUGCUUUGAAGAGUAUUAAAAAAGGAGCAGAACUUUCAUUCGACUAUCAAUACCAAAGAUACGGAGACGAUGUUCAGAAGUGUUACUGUGGUAGUGACAAGUGUAGGGGGACCCUGGGAGAGAAGCUAUCUGAACUAGCUCCCAAACCAGAGAGAGAGAGUCCUCAGAGAGAAGACACUAGCAGUCCCACUACUAAUAGUCCCAGACCCAAGAAGAAAGAAAGUGACACGCUGGAGCAGUCACUGAACAGGAUAACGCGUGAUGACGGCAGCUUAUCAUCACCUGAUAACGCGUUGCAACUUAGCAGACUAAUGGUACAAACUGACAGUGUCGAGCACAGACAACUCAUCCUCAAAACUAUACAGAGUACAUCAGAGGCAGCAACACUGAAGAGAUUCUUAAACUAUCAAGGUCUUAACAUCAUGUGGUCCUGGAUGGUUGACGUUAACGAGUAUCCUGCUUUGAUACGCGGUGAAAAUAAACUAACUAUUAUUAGAGCGCUGCAAGGACUCCCUAUAUCCACCAAGAAUGCAGUCGAGGACAGUAAAGUUAUCAAGGUAUUAAAAAAGUGGGUAGAUAACGAACAGAGCAGUAACAGUUCCCAAGCUGACAGCAGCGAGGAGUCAGCGCCUGUUGCCGAGGAAACAGAAGAAACAGAAACAGAGAAGAGUGCCGAGGAGAUUGAGACAGAGAGACAGGUUGUGGAGACAGGCCAGGCACUCCUCGAUCAGUGGAACAGUCUCAAGGAAGUUUUCAAGAUACCUAAGAAGGAUAAAAAGGACACUAAACCAGUCGCUUUGAGUUCUCGUUCAGGGCCGGCUACAUUCUCUUUAGGAUCAUUCUUACAGUCAGCGAACGAAAUGGCUUCGGGCUCACCCCCGAGCACCUUCCCUUCUAGAACAAUCUCUGUGGAUCAAGCUGACUACGAGUUGCCCAUGUCAUUUGGCUCCACAAAACGAGAAUACAGUGACCCGUCGCGCGACAACAGGGACAACAAGAGACGACGGGAUGAUAGGGAUAUUAAACCCGGGGAAAACAAGUGGGAUCAGUCGAGUGGUGGCGGGGACCGACAUCAAGGAUAUGUAGUCCACGAGAGUAGGCUAAACAAGCUCAGGGGUGAAAGUAGGUGGGACUCAAAUGAAGAUAGUAAGAGCAAGGACAAGAGUAAGAUCGAGGAUAAGGAUGUCAAGUCCAGGGAUGAAGGACACCGGGGCAGCAGCAGACGGGAUGACCGGGGCAGGGAUGAUAAACGUGGCAGCAGCAGGCGGGACGAUCGUCGGGAUGAUCGCAGAGAUGACCGCCGUGAUGACCGUCGGGAUAAGAGAGACUACAAUCGUCGGGAUGAUAGGCGAGACGACAGAGGUCGACACAACGACCGACGAGAUUACAAGAAAGACUACGAUACUGAAUACAGCUCACGUUACUCUUCCAGAGGAUCACGUGACACCUCGAGAUCACGUGAUGAUGAGUAUAAAAGCAAGGACCGAUCCUCGUCUAGGGAGAGGAAGGGGUCGAAAGAACGCGGAGAUAAGCGGGAAAAAAGUGAAAAUAAUUCAGGUCAGGAAACUAAACACACUCAAGAAACUAAAAUGGAUAUUGAUGACAAGCCCACACUUCCAACCACCUUACCAAAAUCUCUCACACCAGCUAAACCUGAGGAUCCACCGAUCCGAAUAUCACCCGAAAUUCAGAAGCAGCCGGAAUUGCCAAGUUUUACACAACCUCCAGCUAGUUUACCACUUCCUGUUGGUAUGCCACCUUCUCUUUCUAACCCUCCACACAGAAUGCCUGGCUAUCCUCCUUUUAAUCCCAGGAAUGCUGGCAGUUUCCCCAGAUUUGCUGGAUCUUUACCCAUGUUCAAGCCUCGAACGGAAUCAUCUGAACUAUCCCGUCCUGAAAGGCCAGAACAAACCAGACCCCACCUCAUGCCAGGACUAUCAGAUAUGAAUCUGCAGCAGCGGCCGCCAAUGCGCAUGCGCUACAGGCCUCCUACUGACAUGAGCAGAAUGCAGCGCCCGCCAUUCGAUUACAGGGGUGCUCAACAGACUUUGAGGUCCCGAUUUGACCAACCUUGGAACAACGCUUUAAGAUUCCAGCAGAACCGAUUUACUUCACAUCAGUCAGAACUCCAGACCCCAACUAGUUUAUCAGAUAACAGUUUACCACAACGACCAUCAGGUGUCAGAAUGCCCGCCGGCAGUAGAAUGCCCUCCAUGCCCGCUGGUGCUAGAAUGCCCUCCCACCCUGCAGGCUCUAGGAUGCCAGGCAUGCCUCAGACUCAACCACUCAUUCCUCAACACAGGAUGCACCAGCCAGGUCUUGGAAUGCAGCAGUACGCUUUACCAUCCCAGGGCCACAGAUUCCCUGGGGUUCACGCCAUGCCUCAAGAACUGUUUAAACAGAUGGCUGAACACUCUCUUGCUGGUGGACUUGUCACUCCCAUCGCAUUUUCUCAACAAAUACAGGGAAUGUUCCAGAGCCAAGCAGGUGGAGGUCUAGCUGCCACUCCCCCCGUCACCUCAAUAGCGCCAGUUCUCCCGACCUCCAUUCCAUCUUCACAAGGUAUGCCUGUCUCGCAGCCUGCACUGCCCAAAGAACCGGAAGUGGAGAAGAAGCCUCAAGUUAAGCCUGCUCCUUCAUCAAUUACACCAGUGGUGAAGCCUGAAGAGAAAAAGCUCCCCCCUCACUGGAGAACUGCUAAGGAUGCUGAAGGGAAGACUUAUUACUACCAUGCUAUUACCAGAGAGACACAGUGGGAUGCACCUGUAAUUGAGGAGCCAGGAGUAAGGAAGAUUGAAACACCCUCCUCCCCUGUAGCACAACCUAAACGUCAACCUGUUGUAAAGAAAGUUAAAAGAGAGGAGUCCCCUGUUAAAGUACCCAAACAAGCAACUCCCGUCAAAAAGGCAGAGCCUGAGGUGGACCCAGCAACCAAGAAAGCUAUGGCAGAUUUCAAGGGUUCGCUGGCUAAGUUGGUGGUAAAUGUGCUGGGAAAGUACAAUAAGGUGGACUGUAAAGUGGGCCGGAUUAUGGACAACAACGAUUUCAAAUACAUCGCUCGUAAGUUAACUCACGGAUUGACAGAGAAAGAACUUGCGAGAAAAGGUGCCACCGAGCUUGCAAUCACAGACAAUCUCAAACAGCGAGUCAAGCAAUACAUCACAGCUUAUAUGAGUAAAUUCGGGCCCAUUUACCACAGAACUUAGCGAUAUAUUUUAUACAGUAAUGAUAUUAUAACUUCUCGAGAUAUCUCAAUAUUUAUAUUUUAUUCGCCGGAAUACAUGACCUGGAAAAUCUAGACAGUAAUCUGUUACAAAUAGAUCAGCCAAUCCGCAUUUUAAGUUUUAACUUUCGCUUCGAUAACCUUUUUACGAGUACUUGUGUCGAACAGUCUGCAAAAUAAACAAAUAUUUGUAUGUACACUAUCACUUUUGAAAGUUAACCCGAAAGAGUGCUACUUCUCUGUUUUCAUUUAUUGCCGCAAGUGAACCCGUAUCUAUCUACUGGCUCUUUAUGAUGUUUGAAGUUGAACUUGUGUUUAAAUUUUGAUUGGUUUGCAUGUAUUCAUUUAAUUAUAACUGUUUAGUGUACUACAAGAUUGGUCUUUCAGUUUUAUAUAAAUUUAAAAUAGAUUAUAUUAUUUAUAC